UUGUACUAUGUAAAAGCACAUUGAGUAGUUGUUAAGACUAGAAAAAGCACUAUACAAAUACAGUUCAGUACAAUUCACUGUCCUGAUCCUCUGCCACGCCCAUAUUUUCCAGUGAUCCGACUGGGGAACACAGUUUAGACAGUAACCCAAGCCAGAACAAACUGAAGAGCUAAAAAUACCAACAGUCAACAAGCCGGCUGCUGUGGGACAGAGACAGGGGGCAUUGGUGGGUCUUUACAUAGGGGUUAGACAGGCUGGCAGAGGGAGUAAAGGCAUAGACAGCUGGGGAAAGAGACAUUGUAAAAGCUAGAACAGAAGACGGAGAGAAAAUACGACUUAAAAACACCAACAAAACUAGAAUAUAUACCCCCAACUUGUGUUUCACUGCUUGUUACCCUCUUCUGUCUUCGUGGACGUUUUGCUCACCGCUCCCUGGAGGGGAUGAACUUUGCUCUCAGGCCUCCAUCAGCAGGCAGUUCUGGGCCCGGCGCUGGCAGAGGAGCCACCAUGGAGAACCUGGAGAAGCAGCUGAUCUGCCCGGUGUGCCUGGAGAUGUUCUCCAAACCCGUGGUCAUCCUGCCCUGCCAGCACAACCUCUGCCGCAAGUGUGCCAACGACAUCUUUCAGUCAGCGAACCCUCUGUGGCAGUCCCGUGGCUCCUCCAGCAUGGCUUCCAGUGGCACUCGCUUCCGCUGUCCGGCGUGCCGCCAUGAGGUGGUGCUGGACCGCCACGGGGUCUUCGGUCUGCAGAGGAACCUGCUGGUGGAGAACAUCAUAGACAUCUACAGACAGCAGGAGUCCUCCAGGCUUGUGAACAUCAAGCCAGAGCAGCAGAAGCAGCAGCUGCUGUGUGAAGAACAUGAAGAGGAGAAGAUCAAUAUCUACUGCCUGUCCUGUGAGACGCCGACCUGCUCCAUGUGCAAGGUGUUCGGAAAACACAAAGACUGUGAGGUCGCACCGCUCAGCAGCGUUUAUAUGAGACAGAAGACAGACCUGAGCGAUGGCAUUGCCAUCUUGGUCGCCAGCAACGACCACGUCCAGGCAGUCAUCUCUCAGAUGGAAGAAAUCUGCUGUACUGUAGAGGAGAACGGUCAGCGACAGAGAGAACAGCUAGCCCUCCGUUUCGACAGCCUGUUAGCCAUCUUGGACGAGCGGAAGCAGGAACUGGUGGGGCUCAUCACCAAACAACAGGACGAUAAACUCAAACGUGUUCAAUCUCUCAUUCGUCAGCACAGCGAUCACCUGGAGGCCGCGGUAACACUGGUGGAGUCGGCCAUUCAGUCGAUGGAAGAGCCACACAUGCCUGUGUUUAUACAGGAUAGCAGUGACAGCCAGGGCCUCGAACAUGGAGCGUCCAGAGCUCGGUUACGAGAGUAUGAGCCAUUUCUUCAUCGAUACUGACGAUCUCGCUGACAUGCUGAGGAACAUCAACUUCUGCUCCGGUGUGGGAGAUAAUGGAGAAGAAGAUCCUGAAGAAGGUGGCGAAGAGUGAGAACUUGACUUCUGCUCCAGAUUUUAAGACCAAAACAGAGGAAGCUUUUGUUUUUAAUGACUCAAGUGCAGAUUUUGACUUUUUGUAGGUUAAACAUAUAAGUACAAUGAUUUGAUAUUCUCUGAGAGACAUAACAGAAGGGGAUACAAGGUGUUUGUUUCUGUCUUGAAUCUCCCUGUUGACCUGUAUUGAUGAAUUGAUCAGGGUUUUGCAUGGCCAGGGCUUUGUGGUUUGUUUGAUUUUGGUUUAGAAAGUGUCAGACUUCUCACAUUAGUUAUUCAGCUUCCAGUCAUCGGCUAGAGCGGACAAACCCGUAGCCCUGUCUCUCUUCUUGCCAAAUGUUUUUAUGUUUUAUACACGUAAUGGACACACAUUUGACUACAGAGUCUAAUUCAUAAUAUUUAGUUUUGAGGGACUCAUAAGUGUUUUUAUUUGUUAAUUUAGUGCUGAAUUAUAGAUCUGUCACUGUUUUGGUGAGAAAAUCUACAAUUUUGAAUGAAAAAGCCAUACAAUCUCAAAGUCCACUUACUAACUUUUCCUGGAUAUUUCUUUUGCAUCCCACAGUCUUCAUCAGCAGGUAGAGCUGGCUCAGUUAUCAUGGAGGCCAUUCACAUCAUGCACCAAAGAUCACCUUUGAACAGAGACAGAAGUUUUACAACUAAAUAAAAUCAAACAUUUCCUUAGUUUGCUGUAGAAGAUUCUCCAGGAAACCUGAAAACCUAUUUAAAGGGCCCCUUGGUAAUAAUAAUAAUAAUAAUAAUUAUAAUAUAUUGAUUUAAUUCAAUUCAGGUGCCCUCAAUCAAUAUGAGAUGAUGCCCAUGUCAAUUUCAAAAUAAAGGCGCAUCUUAAAGAUGAUGAUAUGUAUCAGCAAUUUUCACUUUGCAUCGAUGAUAUGACGAUGACAUGGCACCCUAAAGGUUCACUUCAUGUCUUGAACAUUAUAAAAUGCCUCAUAUUUCAAGUGUUUCAAUGAGAAUCCUGCAGACAAACAAGUUUCUAAAAAUGCAAAAACAAAACUGACGGCUCUUAAACUGAAGUUGUUCAAAUGUGUCAGAGCCUGUUUAUAAAUGUUCUUGCUGCUGAUGAAUUGUAAUGUGCACAAUCUGAAGUCAGCAGCAGCUCACUGUGUAUCGUACAGAAGAGAUGUGUGAAAUUGUCUCUAACAAGACCACUUACGUAAAAAGAGAGUGAAGGAUUCCCCUCAUCCACUCAGGAAGGCGGCAGCAUCAGCGUAUUCAUGCUGACUCAGUCAAAGGCGGCAACAACAACAACAACAGGAUCCUCCUCCGUGCUGCGUUUGUGUGACAUUAGGCUGAGCAGCUGGAGAGUUACUGGUGAUUGUUUGGACGUGGGAAGAUGACACUGAUCUCAUGGUAUUCGUCUUUUGUUCUUUACUCGAGGUUCUUGCUGCAGUCCUAAGGAAAUGUAAAACAGAGACGGAAAUAGAGGUUUACCAUAAUCCUCCGGGAAAAAUCCACAAGAGUGAAUUCAGCCACAUAAAAAGAUGAAGAUAACAUGUAAAAACAAACACCUAAAUGAUUGAUUGAAAUCAUACCUUUCUAUACGUUCUCCAUCUGUGGUUCCUCCUGCAGCAGCCCAGAAGACUGACUUGGCUGGAUUUUAGCCUCCCACAUUGUUUCCUUUUGUUCCGUAUAAAAGAAUAAAAUAAAAAAACAUC